AUCUUUCUUAAUCUUAGACAGAGAAGGAAAUUCGAUUAAGAAAGAGGUGGAAGAGAAAAUGGACCAGUUUUCCUAUUGGGGUGAGCAGUUGUGUGCCAGCUUUUACCACUGGGUCGACAUUUAGAUUAAAAUAGGUAUUACUGUAUUAGUCUUGGUCAGGAAUCAGGAUAGGAGCACUUCUACUAUGCUAUAUAGCAUUGGUAUUUUAAUGUACAAUUUAAAAUUGUACCCUAAUAUUAAAGGUAUAAGUUUAGGUUGUACCAUGAAGGAAUUUGCAUCAUUAUGUUAUGGUACAACUUUACAACUUGAAGUUGUAUCAUCAAAUAAAAGUACAAGUUCAAGUUGUACCAUAAAAGAAUUUGUACAAAAUGUAUAGUUAUAAUAUGAAGUUGUACCAUAACGUUAAAGGUACAAUUUCAUAUUGUACCAUAAAGAAAAAAAAACUAUAGCACCAAUACUAUAUAGCAUUGUAAAAUUCCUUAUCGGGUGAAAGUUUGAAGGAUGAGAUAAUGAGUAAUGAUGGAUGUAUUCAUAUUGAGGUCACUUUUGAAUUGUACUAUCACCUAACUCAACGGCUUGCUGUUAAAAUUGGCACAUAUAUACAAUAAAAUCUCAACAACUGGCAUCAAGGCACCUCGCUCAAUAAGAUGGCACAGUGUUCAGUGAUAAAUGAUAAUACUUCAUACAUGGCUGUUGGGAUUGGUUUUCACGUUUUUUAUAAAAUGGUGUGCACUACAUUAUUUUAGUACUGAAAUCUGUGAGACCAAGAGUUAAUUCAUGGAGAAUGACAGACAUCACAACUCGUAUCAUAAGAACGUUGGGAGAUGAUGGAUAAAAUUCAAUUUAUAAGAUGGUGUUCCUAGUUAUUGUGGUCAUGAAACUCUGUAAUUUAUAUUGCUUUCGGAUUUGGUCAAUUUGUUAUUAUGUUGAGUUGUUACGUUUUACUAAAUAUAUAGGCGAUUGCACAAUUCUUUCAAUUUUGCUUGCAUCUUUACUUGAUUGAUCAAACUUGGGUAUCCAGAGAGUUAACUGGUCGAUAGGCCUUGAAUCUAACUAAUUAUAUUAUGAAUAUUCUUUAGUAUUUUGCUUAGUAGAAUAAGAAGUUGAAAACACAACCUCCAAGGAUGAAGAUGUACUUCAUCCUUCAUCGCCACCUACACCCAAAGAGGCGGAAAAUGAAGGGUCAACUACAAUACAAGAGGAACCUGAGUUUCCUUUUCAACCCUUCCUCAUUGAACAAGAAAUGUUAUCUAAGAGGUUGAAAGCAAAUAGGAGGGAUCUCAAGCAACUUGGUUUGCGAUCCGAUAAAGAUCACCUCUUGGAUGCAAGUGUCAAGAACGAAGAGGAGUUGGAAGAAGAAGAAGAAGAAGAAUUCUUCACGGGGGCCAAGCAAGCAGACACCGAAGAUCAACUUAAUGAAGAACUUAUUUGGGGAAACAUCAUAUCUCCCUAUCGACAACGAGAAGUUAACUUAUAAGAGAGUUUUGAUGUGGAGGAAAAAGAACGUAAAGAAGAGGAUGAGCUUGAUACUCAACUUGGGGAAUAUAUGAAUGACGAAGAAAGAGAGGAGGUUGAAGAAAAGGAUGAAGAUGAUUUGGAGUUGAUUCGGGUUGGUUUACCCGAAGGGGCUAACUAGUUUAACCAUGGAAGGUUACCCGACCUCAAAGGAAUCCUAGCAUAGGACCCUUUUACAUCACCUCUUUGCCGAGACGAGGCCACGACAUCAUCAAUCCUUCUUGGUGGAUCCGGUGAUGACCCUUCAAUAAUGCUUGAUUUGGUUCGAGGCAAAGAGAAACAAAGAAGAUUUGAAGAGAGGUUUUAUUGGAGGUGUCCCAAGAAACUACAUCUUGGAGGUCUUGAGCUGGACUGAGUACUUGAAGACAACGUUCGGUGAAACGACGUAAAAGACACGCUAGUUGGGAGGUACCCCAACAUCGGUUUGCAUUUUCUUUUCCUUUACCUUUCAAUAAAGUACUUGCAUGUUUGAAUUUCGUUUUUAGGUUAGUUUGUAGUUUAUGACCAUGCCUUAGUUAAGAAUGAGUUCUAAUAGCCUAGGGUGAAGGGCAAAUGAUGAAAUGUUGUGUUGUUGUGUUGCAUGUUUAUGAAUGCAUGUAUGUGGUUUGGAGGCCUUUGGUGAGCAUGGAUUGCAUGAUUCUGGAUGUUUUGAUUGUUGCCCACCAAGUGCUCGAUGAAAUGCUCAAACCACAUGAUUUUUGCUUUUAACGAUUUGAUGCAUGCUAAAUGAACUUCAAUGAGUAUGUUAGACCCUAGAAUCAUGUUUGAGGGGUAGUUUCAAAUCUUGAUCGAUUGGUAUAAGGUGUAUGGCCCCUUGUCUCAACAAAGCUUACCACGUCGAUGUGAUUUUUGAGAAAUCGGUUCAUACCCCUACCUUAGUCGUUUAGGUUUUUAUUGCCUUUGUCCACGACAUUAAAACCCCUAGAUUGACAUGUUGUAAAUAGAACCAAUCAAUCAAGAUUGUUAACUACCUAUUUCGACAUUGUCUUCCACUUUGCACCCGAUAACGUCGUAUUUCAUGUUUUCACCCUUGUUUCUUAACCGUUUUGGCUGGAAUUUGGGUUUCCUUGGCCUAUUUUACGCUAGGUUAUGCUCUUUUGUCACAUUUUAGGUCCUAGUCGUUGAAUGAAGGCUUGGACGCGAGUUUCAGGUCAUUUGGAGGUCAUUCGGCAAAUCUGGAGUAGAACACGGUCGUCCCUUCCCUAGGACUUGGUCGUAUUUCACCCGGGGUGUGCUAGUGCUUUUUUGUGCGAGAGUGUUCUCGUCUAAGGAGCAAAAUACAGGCAAGAACACGCCUGUCUCCACUAGCAGUCGCGCCCGUGUAUUUUAUGCCGAGGGUUGGAUCAUGAAGGCUGAUGUAGAAUGGGAAGCACGGCCAAGACGGUCGUGUUCAUCAUUGAGCACGACCAUAUUUUGAGAAGCGAUCGUGUAAUCCCUACCUCCAACUUGAGUUUUUCCACGUGACCUGAUCAAAGCAUAGGUAGAACACGGUCGUGUUCCCGACCAUGUUUCGCCUAGUGUUAGGUUAAACAGGCGGAUUCGAGCCAAAACGGUUAAGAGUUCUAGAGAGAGAAAGUGACAAAGAACAAACCCUAGGAGCUAUUUGGAGUGGAUUUCUCACCAUUGAAGCCUAGAUUGCAUCUCCAGGAGUGAAGAUUGACAUCCCAUAGCAUAUUAUUCUCAUCUUUAUGAGUAUGAAUGCUUUGAUUUAGGUUUCCCUCUCUCUCUCUAUGGAGUAGACCUUUCUCUCACUUGGGUAUGAAGAACCCUAGUUCCAUGUGUUAGGGAUCUUGAUUGUAAUGACUUUUUGCAAUGCAGUUAAAAGCGCAAUUCUACCUAAAAGAGGAAAAUGGGUAAAAUCGUAAAACGUAGAAUCAAAGCGUAAAAGCGUA